AUGCAAUUGUCUCCCUUUUUGGGAAUUCCACAAUUUGACCGAAAUUUCCCUAAUUGCCCUUUUACCAUUCUUUUUUUAUCAGCAGGUUCGCGAAUCGUUCGUUUAGUUUUUACGUUCUACGAGUUUCGAUCUUCGAUCUUUUUGUUUCGUUGGAUGGAUAGAGAAAAGGGUAAGUUGUGUGAGCUGGUUUUUGGGAGGUGAGAAGCACCUUAAUAUCAGGACUCGUGUAUUCCGUGACGAGAUCCUUUCAUGCGGGUGCGAGAGUGUUGUUCGUGUAAUUAGCGUGAUGUUUCAAUUCCCUACUGAGUCUCAGUUCUUGAGGCUCAACCCAGGGUUGCAUUUAUGUUACGCCAGUCCACUUACGUAUAUGUAGAUCGAGUUGAAGAGACCUAGAGACCUAGAGACGUAGAGACGUAAGGUUUGUAGUGAUUGCAUGA